UUAGAUCCUCCAAAAAUUUUAGUCCCUCCAACAAGUAAGACAGUAGUUGAGAGAAGCAAUGUAUCCCUUACGUGUUACUUGGAAGGCAAACCAGUAUCUAAUGUAACCUUGUUGAAAGAUGGUCACCCAAUAAUAGCUGCUAAUGGUGAUAGAAUAUCUGUAACACUACCCUCCUCAGUCAAUAAAACAAGUGCUUCGAUUAGUAUUACCAAUGUGAGCCGUACGGACGAGGGCUACUAUUCCUGUCAGGCAGUGAAUGAUGUCGGAAAUGAUACCUCAUCUGGAGCAUUGCUGACAGUCGACUACGGCGUAACCAUAUUCGUGAAUCCACGACCCAAGUCCAAGAUUGAAGGAGAAUCGGUCACAUUUACAUGUGAAGUGGAGGGCAAACCUGCUCCUAACGUAACCUGGCUUAUAAACGACAACCCAUUGACUCUAGAGACGAGUAGGAUGAACGUCACUCAACCCACUACACACGACAGGACGGCUGUUUAUCUGACGAUCAAUGACCUAAAGAGAACAGACGAGGGUAGUUACCAUUGCAGGGUUAACAACGUCCUUGAUGAACGGACGUCAACGCCUGCUCUUUUAGCAGUGUASUAUUCACCAGUUAUCUUCCAAAAUCCAGUAAACCUGACGAAGAGCCAAGGAGAUUCAAUGGUGAUGUCGUGUGGGGUAGACGGGAACCCUGUGCCUGACAUCACGUGGAAGAAAGAAGGAAGGACGUUAGUGCAGGAUGGUARAAUAAAUAUCACUAAGCUGAGUAGUGUGGGGAGAGUGUACUCUACGUUGASCAUCAGAAAUCUUGGUUGGGAUGACGAAGGCACGUAUAAGUGUACGGCGAAUAAUACACUUAAUACAGUGGUGUCGUUACCUGGUACUCUACAAUUAGCUAUUCUUUUUGACAUUGCUUUCGUUAAUCCUGAAGCCAACUUCACAGUAACUGAGGGUCAAAGUUCGAUUUUGGUAUGUGUGGUGUCGGGUGUACCAUCWACCAUCACCUGGUACAGAGACGGCCAAGGCAACAUUCCAGGCAGCAACACCAAACGUGAAGGUAGUAAUACCAUUGCAGAACUGACACUCAACAAUGUACAGGCGAAGGGUUCAGGAGUUUACACCUGUUUUGCAAGCAGUAACAUGAGAUCUAUUAGUACACAGAUGACUCUUGUUGUCAAAGUUCCAGUGGAAGUUGAUAUGGGAAUCACGAUCAAAAACAGAAAAUACUCAGCUGAGCUCAGCAACAAGUCGUCUUUGCAGUUCCAGAACUUAUCCAACACUUUAAAAAACGAGAUUUCAAGUAUUUACAACGACAUUAACGGGUUCAAGRAAGUAAAUGUGAUGGGGUUUUCAAAUUCCACUGUUGGAGUAAGCUCACGUUUUCGAGUUGUCUUCGAGCUAAAAGUUGACAAACCCAGUAAUAAACCUCCCCUCGACAUCAAGCAAAACCUCACCAAUACUGCUAUCGAGGGAUUUAAAAAUGCUGUUUUUAGUGCACUUAAGUUCGAUCCAGACUCUUUCGUUUCGUAUGUGCCACCCCCAUCACCUCGAAAUCUAAAGGCCGGUGAAGUCAAUGUGAAACAGAUUUCCAUUACUUGGAAUAAACCUGAACAGCAUCAGUCGUACGGUGUUACGGGUUACGAAGUACAAUACAAAGAGUUCGGUAAAGAAUGGAUUAAUAAUCCUAUACACGGGCAAGAUGUCAAUGACUAUGUAAUCAACGAUCUGAAACAAGAGACAAAUUACUUAGUGAGGAUGGUAGCAGUUAAUGAAAUAGGAAAAGGACCACCCACAGAUAAGCCGCUGGAGUUGAAAACGAAGGGAGAAGGUCUUCUAGAACACAUCUGGAAUACUUACAAAUGGUUAAUAGUUUGUAUAGCAGUAGCCCUGUUUAUUCUUUUACUAACCUGGUAUUGUCUAUGUUGUCGAAGAAGAASAAGACCGGUUAAAAGGCGAAACAGCUUUUCUGGACGGACUUACGACGAUUUCGUUUUACCAGUCCAGGGAUUUGACAAUGAUGCCUUGGACAUGACACAGUUACCGGCUUCAAGUUUUAGAGAGAUACCMUAUGAACAGAUCAUGAUCGGAAAAGAACUGGGAUCUGGUCAGUUUGGCCUGGUGACUAGAGGAUACCUUAAACAGGAUGAAAAGCACUGCGCUAUAAAGAUGCUCAAAGCAAAUGCCUCUAAUACAGAUUACAUGGAUUUGAUGAACGAACUGGAUAUAAUGAGUUUGAUAGAGGAACAUCCCAACAUUAUUCAUCUCAUUGGUGCCUGCACACAAGGAGGUCAUCUGUACGUAGUUGUUGAACUAGCAGAAUACGGAAGCCUUUUACACUUUCUUCAUAAGAACCAAGUGUAUUCCAAACACUAUAAAGACAAGAUGUGUACGUUGUCUGAAGAUAUUAAACUUAGAAUUGGAGUUGAUGUUGCUAGAGGAAUGAAACAUCUUGCGCGUCACAAGUGCGUUCAUCGGGAUCUGGCGGCAAGGAAUGUACUGCUUGGCACCAACAUGACUGCUAAGUUGUCAGACUUUGGAUUGGCAAGAGAUGUGUAUGAAAGAGGAUACUACCAGCAGUUAUCAAACAUGAAAAAACUACCUGCAAGGUGGAUGUCAAUCGAAGCUAUCGAGACGUUGGUAGCUACCAAGGAGAGUGACAUAUGGUCGUUUGGAGUUUUGCUAUGGGAAAUCCAAACUGGAGGUAAAAUGCCAUUCUCUGGAUUGUCAGUCAAAGAACUACUCAAGUCUCUUAAAAAGGGCACGAGGCUUAACCAACCAAUCGGAUGCUCCGAUCAAAUGUAUGCUGUGAUGAUGAGCUGUUGGGAGUCUAAUCCUCGAAAACGUCCAACCAUAGAACAUCUUAUCACCGCACUAGACGAACAGUUGUCACUUCUCUCCGGUAUUGAUUUAACCAAUCCACAAACCUCAGAUGCUUAGGGUCAUCCUCACUUGAUAAAUCUUGACAGUUAAAGAAAACUAAUGAAAUUCUUAUGGAAAUGUCAUUGGUUCCUCACACUAUGCUGUAUACAGAUAUUAGAUGAACGCUAUUUUAAAAACCAAGUAACAGCCUAAACACAAUAUAAUUGAUGUAUCGUUCAAACUAGUUAGUGUGUUGACAGCAGGCUUGAAUGCCUGUUUUAGCCCAUUGUUCAAUCCUGGGUUCUCGUCGGCCUUUGAUUUUUAAGCUUUAUCGUAUUUUAAUAAAUAGUAGAUUUAGCGCAUGCGCUUAAGUUAAUACAUAAAUAAAUAAAAUAAAUGGGAUUUAACAGUGGCAUUUCUACAGAGUAGCUAUUCAUCCACUGUAAUUCCAAUUGGAAUUUAGGAGUUGAGUUAUUAAGCCUUGUGAAAGCAUUGUGACGUGUCAUAUUACUCUUGACCCCAGACCCCUGUCAUUCUUACUGCGCAUGCUCGACGAAAUAAUUGGGCUCUGGAAAACUCCAAACCGGAAGACCCAGAUUCUGGGUUUCUCGCACAUGCAUAUUAUGACAGACUAGGUAAAUUCAAAAUGGCGGACGAUGUUCAACGAGCAUGUGAAUUUGCGCUUGGAAAAUAAAGUUUUUAAGAUGA